AUGGAAUACUUUAUCAUUAUUCAUGGUCUAGUUCAAAAAGAUACUAUAUUACAAAAAUCAUUUGAAGAUAGUAUUUAUUUGUCUAGUAGUAUUAUUAUAGCUGGUGUUUUAUCAUGGGAAAUUACAAGUGGACGUCCCCCGUUUCCGGACUUUGGAAAUAGAUACGCAUUGAUAUAUCAUCUUAUUUCGAAAAAUAGAGAAAACCCAAUAGAAAAUACACCUCCAGAUUUGGAUUUGUUUAACAUCGAAUAUCAAAAUGAUAAUUCAAAAUCUAAAAAUAAUAUACAAGUAAUUGUUCAAAGUUACUUAAAAUAUAAUAAUACCGGAUGGACCAAAAAUUAUAAUUUUAUAAAUGUUUUAAAAGAAUAUGAAUCAGAAUCGAAAGAACUGUUUAACUAUUUAAUUGAUAAUCCAAAAAUACCGCAUUAUGAGGUAUUGAUUGGUAAAUUUUAUCAGGAAGGAUUUGGAAUUGAUAAAAAUCAACAGAAAUGGUUUAAAUGGUUUCUAAAAGCAUGCGAAAGAGAUGAUGAACACGGUAAAUACGAAGUAGGUUCAUGUUAUUAUCAUAGUCGUGGAAUUGAAAAAAGCAUUUUAAAAGCUGAACAGUAUUUUAAAGGUAUCGUUGAUUGUGGACCAAAUAUAGCUUUAUAUAAACUCGCAAAUUGUUAUGAAUUUACUAUAAGUCAAGUAAAGGAAGCAUUAAUUAACAAGGCAUUUCAACUUUACAAAACUUCAGCAGAAAAAGGAUUUAUACCAUCUCAAUUUAAGGUUGCAUAUCAUUAUAGUCAUGGCUUUUAUACUCAAAUUAACGAAGUAGAGGCUUUAAAAUGGUAUAAAUCAUUUCAUAAGGAUGGAGGAUAUCCUGAUGUGUCUGAUAAAAUUAAAAAAUUAGAAAAUUUAUGA